GCAGGUGUGAACGGUGGGCGUCGCCAGGUGACCGCACGGACUGAGAAACCACCUAACGGCCGGGAAGAGACGGGGGCUGCAGGGACCGGGGAAGAUGGCGGAGGAGUACGGUGAACCAGCUAAAUAUGACCCGAAAUUCAAAGGACCUAUCAAAAAUAGGAGUUGCACAGACAUCAUCUGCUGCAUCCUGUUCAUGGUGUUCAUUCUCGGUUACAUCGUGGUUGGAAUUCUAGCCUGGUUGUAUGGAGAUCCUCGACAGGUGAUCUAUCCUCGAAAUUCUACUGGAAUGUAUUGCGGGGUCGGGGAAAACAAGAACAAGCCCUAUGUGUUGUACUUUGAUUUGCUGAAAUGCAUCACUGGUGUAAACAUCUUGGCUGCAGCAAUGAAUGGAUUACAGUGUCCCACCACCCAGGUGUGCGUGGCAGAAUGCCCAAAAGACUUUAUAGGCACAGAUUUCUUUAAGACCCCAAUGCAAGCAUUUAGUCAGGAGUACUGUCAGCCCAGCUUUAAUCUUACCACUACAAAACUGUCCGUAUCUGAAAUCAUAGCGAAGGAGCUGUGUCCUGUGUUUUUGGUCCCCUCCACUCCAUUCAUUAACAGGUGCCUUCCGAGUGUGAAUGACAGCUUUCCAUCUAACUUUACCAUAGUCUCAAAUGGACAGACCCUGACCGGAAACCAAUCAAAAAACAGUGUUGUCAACGCAACCGAUCAAAUAUUGAAAUCCUUCGACUUCCAGAACCUGGGAAAGAAAAUAUUUCAGGAUUUUGCCAGGUCGUGGUCCUGGAUCAUUAUAGGUUUGGUCAUAGCUAUGGUGGUGAGCCUCCUCUUCCUUAUCUUGUUGAGGUUCACUGCCGGCAUCCUGGUGUGGCUGCUCAUCCUUGGAGUAAUAGGGGUUAUUGGAUAUGGCAUCUAUCACUGUGCCAUGGAGUACAUCAACUACAAUGAGAAGGGGGCCACUAUAACCAACGUGGGCUUCAGCACCAACCUGAGCAUUUACUUUAACGUGAAAGAGACAUGGCUGGCUAUCUUGAUCAUCCUCUCAGUGGUUGAAGUCAUUCUGCUAUUACUCCUGCUGUUCCUGCGGAAAAGGAUCCUCAUUGCGAUCGCGCUGAUUAAAGAAGCCAGCAGGGCAAUCGGCUACAUCAUGUCUUCCCUGCUUUAUCCCAUUGUCACCUUUGUUCUUCUGGUUGUCUGCGUGGCGUACUGGGGCAUUACAGCUUUGUACCUGGCAACCUCUGGAGCUCCAGUGUAUGUUGUGUCUGCCCCGAACACUAGCGUAACGGGGUGCUCAAAUGUAACUGGAAAUACAACCUGCGACCCAAUGAACUUUAACGCUAGCAGUACCGGCUGCAGCGAGGCGCGCUGUAUCUUCUACAAGUAUAACACCCAAGGACUCUUCCAGCAAAACCUCUUCAACCUGCAGAUCUACAAUGUCAUCGGCUUCCUGUGGUGCAUGAACUUUGUCAUCGCCCUGGGCCAGUGCGUCUUAGCCGGGACCUUCGCUUCUUAUUAUUGGGCUUUCCACAAACCUAAAGACAUCCCGUACUUCCCUGUGUCUGCCGCUUUCAUGAGAACAUUGAGGUAUCACACAGGGUCUCUGGCGUUUGGGGCUCUCAUACUCACCAUUGUUCAGCUGAUCAGAAUCGUCCUGGAGUAUCUGGACCACAAGCUGAAAGGGGCACAAAACCCAUGCAUGCGGUUUCUCCUCUGCUGCCUCAAAUGCUGCUUCUGGUGUCUUGAGAAGUUCAUCAAGUUCUUGAAUAGAAAUGCGUAUAUAAUGAUUGCAGUUUAUGGAAAGAAUUUCUGUGUUUCUGCUAAAAAUGCCUUCAAGCUGCUGAUGAGAAACAUUGUGAGGGUGGUUGUUCUGGACAAGGUCACAGAUUUGCUGAUAUUCUUUGGGAAGCUGAUCGUAGUUGGUGGAGUAGGAGUCCUCGCGUUUUUCUUCUUCUCCGGGCGCCUGCCAAUUCCAAAUGAUGCCUUCAAGUCACCGACUUUGAAUUACUAUUGGAUACCCAUUUUGACGGUGGUGGUGGGGUCAUACAUGAUCUCUCAUGGCUUCUUUAGCGUGUAUAAUAUGUGUGUGGACACUCUCUUCCUAUGCUUCUUGGAAGACUUAGAACGAAACGAUGGCUCCGCGGAGAAGCCAUAUUACAUGCCCAAGUCUCUGAUGUCCAUCCUCAACAAGAAGAACCGACCUCCUGAGGCCGAGAAGAAAAAGAAGAAAAAAUAAUCACUGUGGAGAUCUGCUGCUGAUUUUAUUACUGUUAAUAUUGUUUUUGUUCCAUUUUGUUUGUGGCCUUCUACAGAUUUCAGGACAGCCAUUCUGUUUACAUUUCAAUCAUACCCUGUAUAAUGCUCCUCUGUUGACAGCCAUGAUUAGCCAAAGAAAAUGGCCAAGACUUGCUUCAGUUUCUGGGCAUGAAUGACCAGGCUCGGUUACGAAGUCAGCAGAUCACAUCAUAUCAGUGCCCAUUAGCAUGUAUAGGAAGAUGUUCACUGCUGGCCA